CAGUUCAUUCACCAACAAUGAGUUUGUUCAAAGUAUACACCUCGUUUUCUUUGUUUUUCUCCGUUCUAUUCCUUCUCGUCGCUUUUAUUGUGAUCUAUGACAUUUUCGAUGAAAUUCGCGAAUUUCAAGAAGUAAUCGAAAAAGAUGCCAGGAAGUUUGAGUUCUACUCCACCGCCGCCUCACGUUCAAUUGCCGGUCUCGACAAGCGGAGCCUAUUCGGAGGAGCUGUUUCUUUUUAGUUGUAUAUACAUCUAUUCAAAAUUAAAAGUCAUUGUUGUUGUUACC